AUGUACUAUAUCCUUUACUUGACGAGUCUCUGCCGCCGCCGCCAUUGGCCGGAACCAACCUACAACAGCUACACAAGCAGCUCAGGAUCAGGCUACACAUGCGUAGUACGGGUCAACAAUCGCGAAUACCAAACAGACACAGUCUACGCAUCGGAAACGCUAGCACGCGAAAGCGCCGCCAUGCGCGCAUACCUCAUCUGCCGCAAUUUCUCUGUGAAUGAUGGUAUGUACCCCGCCGGUCAUGACCAUGGCGGGGUUGUGCAGGGGAUUCCGGUUGCUAUUGGGACUGGAAGGAAGAUUAGGGGAUAUCCCGUGCAUGAGCAUGAACAUGUGCAUAUGAAUGAGCAUGAUAUUGAUGAAUCUCAGUCUGGGUCGUCUGGUGGUGGGUCGGUUUGUGGGAGUCAGAGUGGGGGGAGUAGUCCUGUUAGGGUUGGGGAGAUGAGAUGA